CGAGCGGAUCGGAGUAUGGACACCAGCAACACAAUGGCGUGCUACAACAGCCGAGGCUCCUUCUCCUCGAUAUAGUUUGCCAACGAACGAAGAAACGAACGAACGAAUCGAUUCGUUCGGUUGGCUGGUUGGCCGAUCGCCUAAAACCGUGAGGCAAAGGUUCCCUGGUAGGGGACCACACCAAUGUCACCCACCGCUGCCAGGGCGGGGUUGGACCCGAGCAUGGCGGAAGCCGCAGCGGCCACGUCGCUCUCCGAGAUGGAGUCGUAUGCGGUGGCCACGGUCGCCGCGUCCAGAGCGCUUCCCGACUCGAGGACGGCGGACGUCAUGGCGGCCGCAAGCCCGACGCUCCCAGAGUCCAGAUCAAAGGCCGCCUCGGCCUUGGCCAGGGUUUUCGCCUUUUCAAUCACCUCGGGCGUCAGGCUCGCGGUCAGGGCAUCGGUGAUGGAAGCAUCGAGGGCACCCGCACCCGCGGUGGGUGCGCUCGCGUACACACCUACCAUUUCGCCGGCGACAAAGGAGGUCACACCGGCUUCCUUUCCUAGCAGGCCAAAACAGUGCUUCAGGACGUUUCGCAUCGGAGCGGUCCCCUUGGCGUCAAAGGCAAGGGCAACGUGGGCGUAACCCAUCGAGGGGGAGGACAGCCUCGAUUCUCCACCGAGGAGCUUGGGUUUCGGGGAACCCGAAGCGUCGCCGGUUGGCGCCUCCGAUAGAAGGGACUCGACCUCCGUGCAAAAGGCCUCGUGGUCCCGGAUUCCGGUCGCGGUGAGAACGGCGCCGUUGAUGCCAUAUGCCCUGGUGCGGAAGGACGCAAUCUCGUACGCCGAGGCACCGGCGCUGUAAAAAGGGCGUCCCAUGGAGGAAGACGCUCCGUAGGCAGCCGCAUAGAUCUGUUCCGUCAGCACGACUUCCAGGCUUUUGUUGGCUUCGUCGAYCUGAUAGUUCGCGAGUUUCUUGGCAUCGCGAACGUCCCACUUUUCGAGGGAGCAGUCGAGGGCCAGGAGGGGAACGAGGCCCAGAGCAUUGUCGGGUUCCACGGUGUAACCGAGAGUCGCGCUGGUUCGAUCCGCCUUGGCAAAGGGCGUAGCGCCCUCGUUCUCAAUCGUUCGGUUCACCAGCGUCGUCGACAACCCCGAUCCACUGCAAAAGGCCAGGCACUUGUUGAUGAGGGCCGCGCCUUGUUCGUCCAGGCUCUCCGAGGAGGAGCCCGCGUUCGGGUAGGUCAUUGUAACGGUGGACGUCGAGCAAGCAUCUUCCGUGACGACGGUCAAACCACUGGGGAGAGUGCUGACGGAGGCCUUGCUCGCUUUCGCGGGUUCCGGGAUCAGUGCUGGGACCCUGUUUCGCGAUGCAUCAAACGUGGCGUGGCAAAAAGGGCAAUCAACGUGGAGUGCACGGAAGGUACAUGCAGUGUUUUGUGAGCAACACGAAGGAAAGAUACUUUUGGGAUAUGCAAUCCGAUCAGACUGUCAAUCAUUCAAUCGCCRACACUACACCACACAACAUUGUCYUCUUCCAUCUCCGUUCAGCACACUCACCCCGGAAACUCUUCUGUCGCAUCAACAAGAGUCGACAACAAUUUCCCUUGCCGUCCUGCAACAGCGGCUCCCUUCUUGGACGCUGCCCGCAGAACUCCUCUCGUUGCAACAUUCAUCAUGACUUUUUGUUUUAGAACUGGAUAGUGGUACAAGYUUACUAUCGUGUUCUACCAGUAGUUUGCUUUGUUCUUACUGUAUCGUGUACGGUCAAGUAUCGAUCGCUGGAUCGAACCGUGCUCGGGGKUGCUAUCGUGUAU